ACAUCGAGUGGAACAUUUUCGAUGCAUCGAUGUUUUAUCGACAUUCCCACUAUCAGCUGAUUCACAUUUUCUAAUUGGCUUCAAUUUGACGUUUGUUUUCUCGUGUUUUUUACUACAUACACGGAAUUAGCCAAAAAACGAAUGUUAUUGCGUGAACUUGUCUGAUAUAAAAACGUUUUAUUAAAAAACUCUGUUGCCAUGGAUAGUUUGGGUGAUGAAUGCACGGAGUUAAAGAAACAAUACGACGCCUGCUUCAAUAAUUGGUUUUCAGAGCAUUUUCUAAAGGGCCACCAUGAUGAUUCUCUGUGCGCACCGAUCUUUAAAGUCUAUCAAGAUUGUGUGAAGCGUGCGAUGCGUGAACAAAAGAUUGAGCUACGCGAAAUCGAUUCCGAAAUCAACACCGGCGAGCACAGCCAAGACCAGCAGCAGCAGCAGCAGCAAAAACCUGAUCAUACAAAAAGUUGACCGAUAUUGAAUAGUGAUCUCUCCACUACCACUA